AUGCCUACAGCACAAAAGAAAAAAUCCAAAUAUGUUAAUGUGUUUAGUAAUGCAGGCAAAGAACGGAUGACCGUUCGAUUGCCAGGUCGUAGUACAUGUGAAUGUCAAGCAUCAAAACAUAAACUUAUUAGUAAUUGUCUUAAAUGUGGACGGAUUGUAUGUGAACAAGAAGGAUCGGGCCCGUGUUUUUUCUGUGGUAAUUUAGUAUGUACUCGUGAUGAAAGACAAUUGAUUAUAUCAGGUACACGAGAAGGAAAACAACUUGAGCAACAAUUAUUAUCAAAACCAUUUCGUGAACAUGAAGCACAAAAUAUAUCCAAUAAAACCGAUGAAUCACCACAGUCUUCACUAAAUGAUAUUGCAAAAGCCGUAGCAGUUAAAAAUAAACUUAUUGAAUUCGAUCGAACAAGUGCACAAAGAACACAAGUUAUCGAUGAUGCUGCUGAUUAUUUUGAUAGUAAUAAUAAAUGGCUUAGUAAACAACAACGAAUAAAACUUGAAAAACUUCAAGCACAAAUGAAUGAAAAGAAAAAUUCAAAAAAUCAAAAGAUUACUAUUGACUUUGCUGGAAGACGCGUUUAUAAUGAAGCUGAACAACCCAAUGAUCGACUUUAUACUGAAGCACGAGCUGUUCAUGAUAAUGAUCAAUAUGUAUUAGAAAGUGAUCGUUUUCAACAAGAAUCAAUACCUAAUUGGGAUGAGGAUGAUAGUGAUCUAGUAAAUCCUAAUUUACCCGGAACUACGUUAGCUCCUCAAUGGGUGGAACAGAAAACAAAUGUUCAAUCAUCGUUAACAAAUUUAUCACAAAUGACUAUUGAAGAUAAUGAUCGAGAACGUUUACGUAUUCAAGAUAGAGAAUUAAUGCAAAUGACAGAUGAUGGAAUGUGUCUUACUAUGCAUCAACCAUGGGCUUCAUUAUUAGUUCGUGGAAUUAAAAUGCAUGAAGGUCGAUCUUGGUAUACUUCACAUCGUGGACGUCUAUGGAUACAUGCAGCAGCGAAAGAACCUGAUCAAGAAACUAUUUUAAAUAUGGAAGAAUUUUAUAAAUCACGGAAUAAUGAUGAUAAUGAAAUUGAUUUUCCAACUGAAUAUCCAACAUCAGUUUUACUUGGAUGUGUUGAUGUUGUUGAUUGUUUAGAUCGUACUACAUAUCUUGAACAAUAUCCUGAUGGUGAAUCUGAUAGUGAAUUUGUUUUCAUAUGUGAAAAUCCACAAGAACUUUAUUUUAAAUUACCAAUGCAAGGACAACAUAAAAUUUAUAAAAUGGAAAAACAUGCACAUCAAGCAGCAAAGAAAAUUCUUUUACGAAGAAUACAAUAA